UCCCUAUUUGGUCUGUGCUUUGUUUUGUCACGAAAAAUUUCCUACAAUUUUUUACAAAAUCGAGAUCAAAAGUUUAUAAUGACGUUGGAGAAAUGGUUGAUAUGAGUAAUAAAUCAGACAUUCAAGACAUAUAUCUAACAAUUUCACAAUCAAUAUCUUGACAAGGAAGUAAAAUGACUUGAAAAAUGAAGAACGGAUGUAACGACUUAUCUGAGGCUAAAGUUGCAGAACGCAAUGAGAAGGCCAAAAAACUUUAUCGCUAUGUAACUGAUGUAGCAAGACGUAUCAGCGAAAGGACCAGCACUUGCCGAUCCAUUCCUGAUCUUUUCUCCACCUCUACAGAAGUUCAAAGGCAGAAACUCCGAGAUAACUGCGAAAAGCUACUUUUUCUUGACCCAGUAGAAUAUGGGAAAAAAUGUCUGGAACUAUUGUGGCGUAAGGUGUACUACGACACCGUGUGCACCGCGAAAAAGCUAAGAGAAGUGGACAAUGAGAAUGAUAGCUACCUGUUUACCCACAUUAUUUGUGGAAUAGGUCAUUUCCAUCACUUCAUAGCAAGAAUUCAAUCAGAAUUUAAAGUUGACUUCAAGGACUUGGAUUACACAAUGUUGCCACAAGAUGAAGAAGGUGAUGAAAUAAAUACAACACCUACUGAAGAACUGUUGCAGUUUGGCCGCUCUGCCCUCCACUCAUGCUUGAUAUAUCUGGGGGACCUGAGCCGCUACCAGGUUGAGAUAUUUCAGUCCCUUGAUCCAUCAAUAGCAGCUCGCUACUACCUCCAAGCUGCUCAUGUUGACUUGUGCUCUGGCAUGCCAUAUAAUCAACUGGGGAAUUUAUACAUGGAUAAAAACUAUAACUUAGACUCUGUCUGUUACUAUAUCCAAUGUCUCAGUACUGAAGCCCCAUUUGAGGGAGCAAUGGGCAACUUGACUAAGAUUUUUGAAAAGAACAAUCAAUUCACUGAGACAAUUAACAUCUCCGAAUUCCCUUCACAAGGAGAGCAUGUACAAAAUACAAUUUCAAACUUUCUUUCUUUGAUUGAGAUAUGGUAUCUUGGAAAAGAUGACACAAACAUACCACAAAGGUGCAAUACAAUUGCUCAACAACUUAAAGUUUGUAUGGACUUUACUAAGGCUCCUUUGCCAGAUAUCAAUAAAAAUUAUAUGGAAUACACUCAGGCCAUUGAGGAAGAAGGUGUUAAUCCAACAUAUUUGAAUGCUAACCUUGUGCAUAAAAUGGUACAGAUAUGCUUAUUCACAAUGUCCAGAAUGAUGGAAACUGAUGAAGUUAAAGCAUUUGCUUGCAAAGCAUUUACUCUUGCAUUACUUUCACAACUCCUACAAAAAUUAUUAAAACAAAUUGAAUUACUUGGAUUGAAAAAUCCUGCAAGUAAGUACAGGGCAAGAAGAAUGCUGGUUCAAGAAACUGAGUCAGUUGAAGAUGAAGUGGAGUCUGUGCAGGAAAAUCCAAUAGUUGAAGACACAAUUGAAAUAAAUGGAAAUAAUGACAGCUGUGAAGAGCUUCACUUUAAGGAGGUGCCUUCUGAUGGGGAUGGUGAUCCUGAGAAGUUGCAGAAUGGAGAUGCGAAAAAUGGCAGAAAGUCGUUAAAAAGACGCAGGCGACGCCGACUGGCUUCAUCAGAAAGCUCGGACGUGAGCAAUGCAGACACAGAGAGCAGUGAAGUUGAAACUGAUGAAUCUUGUUCAGAUGAAGAACUGUCUGAUUCUACAUACCCAUCAGAAGACGAAUCCAAAAGUGAUGCCUCUGACACUGAGGCUUCUGAUGUAGAGGAGGUAAAUAAGCAAAAUGGAGACAUAGAGGAGUCUGCCAAGGAACCAGUAGGAAUUAAUGGAAAACAUCCCCCGAAAUCUUUUGGUGAUAAAAGGGAUUCUAAAGACAAACCAGCUGAACUAAAUGAACUUGGAAUUCAGAAUUUUCUGCUUGGAGAUAACUACUUAGCUAGUAUCAAAUUGUUACAAGAUUGGCUUUAUGCAGAGAAAGAUUUAAUUAUGUCGUGUGGUGACAGUGGGGAGUCCCUCUUUCAAUGUGUAGUAGAUUUGCUCAACAUACUUACAUUCUAUUUCAAUCCUAAAUCAAAUUACAUUAAUGAAAACAAGAGUAAGAUAUUAAAUUAUGCAAAGUAUACUGCCAGAAACCUCAAACUGGAGUACAAAAGUAUUCCUCUAUCUGAAGAUGUCAACUUACGAGGAACAAGCAUUUGCAAGUUUGACAAACAUGCAGCCGAGUGGCAAACACUGGACAGAUACAAACCGUCCCAAUAUGAAGAGAAUAUAAUAAGAAUUAUGAAUUUCAUAGAUUUCGGGAACCAUAUCGCAAAAAUCGUGCCAAGAAUCAGAUUCAACAGGUCCAUGAAGAUAUUUUACUUCAAGAAACUGCAUCCCCCAAAGGUCAACACUAAGGUUAGCCACAAGAAGGUUCGCGAAUGGCACAACACUAAGAAAAAUAAUGAGGCGGCGCCGGGCGGGCUGCUGCGGCGCCUGGGCCGGCUGUGGCUCACGGCGCAGGUGCGCGAGCUGGAGCGCCGCGCGCCCGCCGCGCCCUCGCUGCUGGCGCUCGACGCCGCCGCGCUCGCGCACCACCUGCGCCGCGUCAAGCAGCUGUGGCGCGCGCGCAGCUUCGUGCUGCUCGUGCCCGCCGUCGUGCUUCAAGAGCUGGACGAGAUGAAGCGGACGGACAGCGGCGCGCGCGACGCCAUCCGCUGGCUGGAGCUGCAGCUGCGCAGCGGCUCGCGCUUCGUGCGCGCGCAGCGGCCGGGCCAGGCGCGCCCGCUACCGCUGCUGCGGCUGCCGCGCAAGGCGCCGCCGAGCGCGCACAACUUCGUGCAGAUCCUCGAGUUCUGCAACCACUUCGUGGGCGACGAGCGCGGCCGCGAGGGCGAGGGCGACGCGGACGCGCUGGUGCUGCUGGUGGGCGAGGCGCCGGCGGCCGCCGACCCCGGCCCGGCGGGCGCCGACUCCGGUCCGGCGGCGGCCGACUUCAGCCCGGCGGGCGCCGCCGCCGCCGCCGGCGUGCCGCUGGAGCGCGUCGCCGACUUCUACGCGCGCUGGCGCCACGCCGCGCCCAAGAACGGCAAGAAGAGGUGAGCGGGCCCCCCGCCGGAAUGAGGUCUCGCCAGCGCCGAAAGGAAAAGACGACGCUCUUCACUUUCGAAAACGAAUGAAUCAUCCCGUUCGGAAGGACAACGAUCGGCAUCAUCGGGCGCCAUGCCGCGACGGCAGCGCGAGUAUCGUGUUCGAUAUCAAUAGUUUACUUUUACAGGACGGGCCGUGGACGCGUGUCCGGCCUUUUAAAUGUUGUUCCGAAUUUAAUGUUUAGGUAAUAAAAUAACAUUCUCAUCGAUCGUAAUCAUCCUUCCUCUCUCAUACGCUAUCGUUCAUAAUCAUGGUGUCAUAUUUACGGUCAUCGCCGUUUCACUUCA